UAAAGUCAAUAGGGCUCCUGUGAUUGGUACUAAAAACGGACCUCCCGGAACUUUGAAUCCUCUUGGGGCAUCAGGCGCGAUAAAACGCAAUAUCAUGACGCCGAUAUUUACAAGAAAGAAUGCGAGCAAGAGUACCGCAGAUUAUGGUAGUAAUAUAUGGAGUUCGGAAGCGAGGGUGGAUUUGGGAACCCAACUUUUGCAUAAACAACCCAUCACUGCGUAUAAUAAAAGAGUGAGAUCAGAUAUCACUCACACUACUGUUUAA